CGGCGCCAUUCUUCCAAAAUUCACUCUGCCGCUACCCAAUGCCGUCGGGGUCGGGCUCCCGAAGGAGGCGGCCGCGGCGGGCGGGGGUGGAGGCUGCUCCUCCUGUGGUACAAGUGAUCUCGUCCGCCUCGGGUGAGGAAGGGGGUUGGGAGGAGGACGAGGACGAGGAGGAGGAGAGCGAGGGAUCCAGCGAGGGGCCGAGGAGGCUUGGCGGUGGGGAAGCUAGGGUUUCGGCGAGGGAGGGUAAGGCAUCGGCGAGCGGAGGCGAGCCGGAUGGGACGAACCUUCCCAGCUGCCCCAUUUGUAUGCUCGCGUGGACCGCCGACGGCGCGCAUCGCGUGAGUUGCAUUCCCUGUGGGCAUGUCUAUGGCAGAUAUUGCCUAGAGAGGUGGUUGCUACAGUACGGCAAGAAAAAAGCACCGUGUCCCCAAUGUGGCAAGAGAUACAAAGAAAACAACAUUAUCAACCUCUAUGUACCAGAGAUUGCUGUUCCCAAUAAUGAUCUUGAAACGCAAGUAUUGUUAUUGAGAGAGAAAAAUGAAUCUCUUGAGAAGCAACAAGCAAAGUUACUUGAAGAGAUAAAAGAGCAUAAGAGGCAGAUUAUGUUGCAACAAAAUGUAAUAUUUGAUACAAGCUCGAAGAGACAGAAAAUGACUGAGCGGAUAUCAGAUGGAGUGGCAGAUGCUGAGCCAAUUGCCUCAAUGGAAGACAUUGACCAUAGAAAUCACUGCAGUUUUGUUCUCCAGAAUGAGAUUUUGGUUGAUGGAGCUCGGGUCAUGGGCAUAGAUGCAUCAAGUCAGAUUAUACUCACUUCUGGAAGGGGUCCUGGAGUUGGUGCUGAACACAUCCUUACAAAGAUCAGCAUGUUUGCUAGACAGGGAAUGCAGAAAAUCGACCUCCCUCCUGAUACUAAAGCUAUUAGGGACAUCUGUAUACUGCCUAGGGGCCAUGCUGUUUUUGCAUCACUAGGCAGGAAGUUGUCUCUUUUCAGCAUGGCAACCAAUAAUGUUGUCCUUCAAUACAAUCUACCGGCUCCUAGUUGGUCCUGUUCAGGGGAUCAUACUAGUUCGACUUAUCUUUAUACUGGAUUACAGAAUGGGAUGCUAUUGGUCUUUGAUAUUCGUCAAACUUCGGCACCAUUGCAUUGUAUGAUGGGUUUAUCGACACAUCCAGUCCAUACAAUCCACUCUGCUGUAGAUGGCAGUGGUUCCAGAAAGGUUUUCUCUGCUUCUUCUAUAGGACCCUGCAUUUGGGAUGUUGAUGGUGGUGAAGACAGGCCAAAUUUGCUAAGUGGGAUGGAAAACCAAGGGGUCUGCAUUUCUCUUGCAUGCGCCCCUCUAUCAAGUGAUCUCCUGGUGGCUUCCUACCGCCCGAAAGUUGAGCAGCCAGAUGAUAACGCCACACCCCAAGCGAUUACACCACAAUCACAGGCACCCACUGGUUCAGGAAAGCUAGGGCGCCAUACACUCUUGAGGAGGACCGCCACAACAUCCUUUGCCAAGGACCAAACCUGCAGCGGUAAUGUAAGCGACUUGCGAAUGUCAAAGUCUGCAAUCAUACCAUGUGGAGGCAAUCAGCUUCUCUUUGCCUAUGGUGAUGAGUCGCUGUAUGGAGUCCGGACAUGGCGUCUGCCUUCGUUUCAGACACACACCAAUCUCAGGCCCCACAGACAACCGAUCCUUGAUCUAAGGUUUGCUGAAAGUUCAGCUGGGGGGAGGUACCUUGGGUGCUUAAGCGUAGAGAAGCUGCAGGUUUUCACAGUUAGGUAGCCCAACAGAGAAAACCCAUUGACUUCAUUCUUUGGCUUUGCUUUGCAUGAUGCUAACAAAUGAACAUUGGUGACUAGCUUUUUGUUGUAAAAGUACAAACCACUAUCUCUGUUUUCAAGGCGUUGCCUAGGCGACAAGGCGGUGGCGGCUCGCCUUGCUUAAGGUCUCGCCUUAGCCCGCCUAGGCGUCGCCUAGGCGAUAAGGCGGUGGUGGAUCGCCUUGCCUUACCGCUUUAAAAACAGACCACUAUUGCUCUGUACAGUUUUUGCUAAAAGGUGUGUAAAACCAAGAUGUACAAUUUCGUCAGAGGGUCCAGUAUAUCACUGGCAAGUGCAGGGAUUACAUGUUCUGGAGUUCUACUGGUGUGGCAUUGUGCCAUGAAUCGAGGGAACAAAUGGGUGGCAAUUUGUCGACUUUAGAUAUGCUUCUUGCUAUGCUCACUCGCCGAUAUUUUCAGUCUGUAUCGUACCAGUAUCAUCAUUGCACAUCUUUAUAAGACGUAACGUCAGGCAUUUACUUGUUCUUGAUAUUCUUUC